AUGGCCAGUGCUACUUCCGCUAAUGCUAUCCUUGAGAAAACCCAUCGCUCGACAAACAAUGCUCGUCGAAGCCCGCAUAUUAAUAAUCUCAACUUUGAGUUGCCCAGAGAUUAUCAAAUGACAAGCCUUAUUGGACAAGGUGCUUAUGGUGUCGUCUGUUCCGCUGUCCAUAAGCCGACCGGCAUCAAGGUUGCAGUGAAAAAGAUUCACCCUUUUAACCAUCCUGUCUUUACUUUACGUACACUACGCGAAAUUCGCUUGUUGCGCCAUUUCCAUCACGAAAACAUUAUUGCUAUCUUGGAUAUACUCCCACCUCCAAGCUAUCAAGAGCUGGAAGACGUGUACAUUGUGCAAGAGCUUAUGGAAACUGACUUGUACCGUGUUAUUCGCUCCCAACCCCUAAGUGAUGAUCAUUGCCAAUAUUUCACAUACCAAAUCCUUCGUGCUUUGAAGGCCAUGCACAGCGCCGGCGUCGUGCAUCGUGAUUUGAAGCCAUCAAAUCUUCUUUUAAAUGCUAAUUGUGAUCUAAAGGUUGCAGAUUUUGGCCUCGCCCGUUCCACCACCACAGUGCAAGAUGGAAGUCCUGGCUUCAUGACAGAGUAUGUGGCUACUCGUUGGUACCGUGCUCCGGAGAUCAUGCUUAGUUUCUGCGACUACAGCAAGGCCAUUGAUAUUUGGAGCACCGGCUGCAUUUUAGCCGAAAUGCUAGGCGCUCGUCCUCUUUUCCCCGGAAAAGACUACCAUAGUCAAAUUACCUUAAUCUUGAACGUUCUGGGAACACCGACGAUGGAUGAUUUUAACAGAAUUCGCUCUGCACGUGCUCGUAAAUACAUUCGAAGUCUGCCCUUCACCUCGAAAGUGCCGUUCAAAAACAUGUUCCCCCAUGCUUCUCCAGAAGCUAUUGACUUAGUCGAGCGUAUGCUCACUUUUAAUCCCGAUAAGCGCAUUACCGCUGAAGAGGCCCUAGAGCAUCCUUAUGUCGCUGCUUAUCAUGAUCCAGAUGAUGAACCCACCGCACCUCCUAUGCCGCCAAACCUUGUGGAUCUCUAUUGUAAAAAGGAGGAAUUGGAAAUCCCCGUUUUGAAGGCUCUAAUUUACCGUGAAGUCAAUUUCCGUUAA